AUGUACACCGAAGAACAAAGAAAGAAAAUAGACGAAUUGGUGGCCCAGUGGCUUGCCGUGGAUCCCAACGAACUGUCACGUCAAGAAAUCCAAACUUUGCAGGAACAGCAGAAGUACAAGGAGUUGGAUGGAAAACUCGGAAAGAGAAUCGCUUUUGGAACCGCAGGACUCCGUUCCUCAAUGGAGCUGGGUUUUGCCCACAUGAACGAUGUGACCAUAUUGCAGGCUUCCCAGGGUCUUGUUUCGUAUUUGGCAAAAACAGAGAAUCCUUCCUUGGUCAUUGGUUACGAUCACCGCUUCCAUUCACAGAGGUACGCUGAAAUCACCGCCAGUGUAGCUUUGGCCAGCGGGUUUACCGUGUACUACUUGGGAACAGCAGAAAGCCUUUCUGACGAGUCUGAUCCAGACACCAAAGGUGGCGACAAGGCGUACGUGCACACGCCCAUGGUCCCUUUUGGCAUAGACUUCUAUAAAGCAUCAGCAGGUGUGAUGGUGACAGCUUCUCACAACCCUGCUAAGGACAACGGAUACAAGGUUUACUAUGGAAACGGCUGCCAGAUCAUCCCACCCCACGAUGCUGGCAUUGCUAAGAGCAUUGACGAGAAUCUCGAACCGUGGAAAGACCGCGGAGUGUGGGAUGUCAAGGGUAACUUUGAGAAGGGCUUGAAGGAGGGCAAGCUUGUGCUUGUGAAGGAGGAGCUUUCGACUAAAUACGUGGAGGCCGUCGCCGAGCAGCUUAUCCAGAAAUCGGCGCUUUCCUACGAGUUUGUCUAUACCCCAAUGCACGGAGUGGGCCUUGAGAUGUUCUCGAGGAUUUUCAAGAAAUUCCACGCCAAGCAGACCGACGUGGAUGUUGUUCCUGAACAGGCGUUUCCCGACCCCAAAUUCCCCUCGGUGCCUUUCCCCAACCCUGAAGAGAAGGGUGCUUUGGAUUUGGCUAUAGCUCGCGCUGAUGCUCAGGGCUUAUCGCUUGUGGUUGCAAACGACCCUGACGCCGAUCGUUUCAGUGUGGCCAUUAAACGCAAAAACGGCAAGUGGCAGCAGCUCACCGGUAACGAAAUUGGUAUUUUGUUCGCCGCCUAUGUCAUCGAAGAGCGUACCAGCAAAGCUGAUUUGGGUGAGACAUGGCUCCUCAACUCCACAGUGUCAUCCCAGCUUUUGCGCUCAUUGGCCGAAAAAACAGGCUGCCAUUUCCAGGACACCUUGACGGGCUUCAAGUGGAUCGGCAACAAAGCCAUUGACCUCAAAAAGGCCGGAAAACUCGUGCCGUUUGGCUAUGAGGAGGCCAUCGGGUACAUGUUCAGUGUGGUGAAUGACAAGGACGGAAUUUCCGCGGCCGUGAUGUGGCUUCAACUCUACGAGGAGUGGUUUGGCGACGGCAAGCAGGACCCAAUUGAAAAGUUGGAGCUGAUCUACCAGAAGUACGGCUGGUUCAAGGAGUGCAAUGGCUACUACAAGCUCGACACCCUGAAGACACCGGGUAUCUUUCAGGCAAUCCGGGACUCAUUCCCGGGUGACGCUCCAUCCACCCUUGGUGAUUUCAACGUCACCGAAUGGAGAGAUUUGACUAUCGGUUAUGAGCUGUCCACCCCAGACCAUGUCCCGAUUCUUCCCGUAGACCCACUGUCUCAGAUGAUUACAGCCGUUUUGCAACCACCGCACUCUAGCGAGCAGGUGCGCUUCACUUGCAGAGGGUCCGGAACCGAGCCCAAGCUCAAGGUGUACAUUGAGGGCCAGUCGAACGGAAGCGAGGAGGCCGCCCAAAAGCUUGCCAGAGCAUGCUGGGACACCCUCAAGAAACACUGGUUUAAACCGGAAGAGAAUGGGCUCCAAGAAGUGGUUGGAUUCAACCCUUCCAUUCAAGAAAAAGCCGUCUUGACCGAGGAUUACGACCUAUACAAGGUGACCAAGGAUGGCGUCCACAAGGUCGAGCCAGAAGAUGCCUCCACCACCGAAGAGGCCGAGCAGAUUUAUAAAGACACCGUUCACAUCCACGACUUGAACGACUACCAGGGCACCACCGCAGGGGAGGCUCACAACGAGGUGGUGUUGUUUUUGAUGCCCCUCAGAAACGCCGAGCAUGUGUUGCCCAUGGCCUUCCAAAACAUCAUGAACUUGACCUACGACCAUUCGUUGAUUGACAUUGCAUUUUUGGUUUCUGACUGCUCUCCUGGUGACACCACGUUGGAAUCCGUCUUCAAGUACUCCAUUUCAUUGCAGAACGGCACGUUGGCUGAUGAGCUUCUAGCUGCCGAGCAGGACAAACGCAACAACCUUGUUCGGGGCACCAACGACUUGUACGAGAACUACAUGGACCAGGCUUACAUGGAGAAUGUGCGCAAGGCGUACAACUCGCCUGAAACAUGGCACAAGGGCUACAGAACCCCGUUCCGGUCUGUUUCCAUCUACGUCAAGGACUUUGGCCAGGUGAUUGGCCAGGGCUUCAGUGAUAGACACGCCGUGAAGGUGCAAGGAAUCCGUAGAAAGUUGAUGGGCCGUGCUAGAAAUUGGCUUACUGCCAGCGCCUUGAGGGCUCACCACUCCUGGGUGUACUGGAGAGACGUCGAUAUCGAAACGUGUCCUGGAUCUGUGAUCCAAGACUUGAUGAAGUUCGACUAUGACGUGAUGGUGCCUAACAUUUGGAGACCAUUGCCCGGGUUCUUGGGCAACGAACAACCGUACGAUCUCAACUCGUGGGUUGAGUCAGAGCCGGCACUUGAGUUAGCCAAGAAGCUUGACGAGGAUGAUGUCAUUGUUGAAGGGUACGCCGAGUACCCAACGUGGCGUGUACAUUUGGCCUACCUCCGAGACGCCAAUGGUAAUCCCAACGAAGUGCUUGACUUGGACGGUGUUGGCGGAGUGUCCAUUCUCGCCAAGGCCAAGAUCUUCCGCCAGGGCGUCCACUUCCCUGCGUUUACGUUUUUGAACCACGCUGAGACCGAGGCGUUUGGCAAGAUGGCCAAGAAGAUGGGCUUCCGUGUGGGAGGCUUACCGCACUACACCAUCUGGCACAUCUACGAGCCCAGUGAGGACGACUUGAAGAAGAUCGCUGCCAUGGAGAGAGAGAAGCGGCGGAAGCAGAGCACCUAG